AGUGGCAGCAGUGGCGUUCCUCCCGUUGAUAAUCGCGUCCGAUUCUCCGUUCGGAGCCGCUCGAUUGCCAGUCGCACCGGUCGUCGCGCGCGCACACCGUCUCUGCCUCUCUCACUCGCUCGCGCAUCACCGCCGCCGCCGUCGCCGCCGCAACGGCCACCGAUACAGCUGUGCGUCGUCUCUACCGCGGUUCCGUCCGUGUGCGUCGCGCCGCCCGUCCCGACCGCCACACCGAAAAAACAGACUUUUAAUAUAAAUAAUAAAGACAAUAGCAGCACAACAACAACAAAAACAACAACAACACCAACAAAAACCACAACAAUUACGUCUCGCUGAGAGCGCAGCGUGCCGUGGCUGCUGCCGGCUUACGGCUACGCCCGAUCGGAUAUCAUACCGAGCUACACUCGAGCAACGGAGUGCACUGUAAUACCAUACGCGUGAUACCGUACGUAUUACCUGCAGUGUAGUGUUGUGCUGGGAAACUCGGGUAGCGGACACGCCACUGGCAGCGGGCGAUCAACCGUCCGCGGGCAGAGCAGAGCGAUACCGUGCCGGUCAUCCACGCGCGCCGUAACCGUCGUCGGUGGUAAUGGGCAAGAAGGGCAAAAAGACUAGAUGGCGGGAGCUGCCCAUCACCCUGGCAGACAAACCGUAUGCGGCUGUCGAACAACCGUCCGGCCGUCACUCGACGGACCAGAAACCAGUGAAUUUCGCCGCAGCGGCAGGCCGACGAAGUCAUCACACUCAACAUCAAACGUACCAACAGCAUCAGUUGCCGAACCGAAAUAAUUCAACGGGUGCAGGACCACAGAACAAUCAAGUUGAAUCUUCAACCGUCACGUUUAAUGAGGACGAGUACACUAAGAUCACAACGCCUAGACAAGACGUGUUGUUCAAAAAAGGUUACUUGGGAAGACGUAAGCACAGUAGUGUACCAGUCAUUACUGAAGUUUUAAAUGAAAAUGAAGAUGGCGUUUCAAUUAAUAUCAACCCUUUGGACGAGUUGUGUGCUCACGGUGAAUAUGUUGACCCGUCUAUGAUGUACGUUCUUAGUGGAUGCGGUGGCGGAUGCGAGAUCUACGAUCCGUAUAGCGGUAACGUGACUCCGUUGAUGUAUCCUCCGGUCGGACAUCCGAUGCUGGCAGCGAUGCCAUACCAGCCGAUGCCGAUGCAACCCGUCGACUGGUACAACCCUUCGAACGCGACUUCCGACUGGAUGUCCGGAGGUACCGUUUACCAGCCGAAUAACAGACACCACAAGAGAUCAAUGACUGCCGACGCUCAGCAGAGUUCAGAAGUAGGCAUCGGUGGUGCCCAGGAAUCGAGUCUGGACGAUCAGCAGAGUUUAUAUCAGUCACCGCAGCCAUAUAAUAUGUACCCCGGAUAUAUGUUUAGCGCUCCUAUGUACAAUUAUAAUGGUGUAGGCAUUCAAGUUCCACAACCACAGUCUCCUCCUUCGCCUUCAAUUAGUUGUGAUUACACCAACGGAAAACGGCGUAAGAAAAAGAAGCGUAGAAAGCGUGGUGACGUGACUGAUGAAUACUCAGACUCUAGUUCGGAAGAACAAAAAAGUCAAUCGGGUGCUAGUUGUGACCUCGUGCUGGACUCGGAGAAGACCUCUGAUUCGGGCGUGCUGACAAACAAUAGUGGUGGCUCGACGCCUGUGAAUGUCAUACCUGUCCAGUUAUCCCACAACGCACCACCAUUCCAUAUGGAAUGUCCACCGCCAUUCGAGAUACUGCACGGAACACCGAUCCUCGUUCACCAUCAUCCGGAUCAAAUGGCUGCAUAUUACCAACCGAUACCACAAUACGUGGAGCAAUUAGCGCCAAUUGGUUAUCAGGUUAUACCAGAAGAACAAGCUGAAGCAGUAGAAAUCACUGAUGAUCAACAAGAUGCCGAACCGGCUCCCAGCUAUUCAGCAGAAAACUCUGACUCGGGCAUUAGCUCUCCGAACAGUGAAGUUAUGGUCAAAGGGUCAACCGAAAAUAAACAUGAAAAACCCCAAAUUGUUAGUGGCAGCGGUGGGCAGCCGACGACUAAAAAAAGUAGGAAUAAGAAGAGCAAACAGCGAGAAAAAACGACUACAGAAACAAUUAUUAAGACGAAGAGUAAAGACUUACCGAAAAAUCAACACGAAGGAAGUAAGAAAUCGUCGAAAAUUGCUAAAGAACCGGCCAUUAUAAAAAAACUAAACGCCAAAAAGAACAAAUCUAGGCCAGAACACGAAAAAUUAGAAACCACAAAACCACUUAAAGAGGAUCAUUUGAAACAAGAAAUAGAAAACAUUUCAGAAGAAAUUAUUCAGUUAUCGAUCAGCCCAGAGGCAGAGUGGAUCCAAGAAGAAGAAUUCUGUUCGUUGGAAUGCACUCCCAGGUCUACAACAGACAAUAUUCAAUUUAAAUUUACCAAGACACAAUCCCUUGAUUCAUGUGAAUCCGUGGAAGAGGAAACGUUUGCGACGGCGGUGAACACCGGAAAUUCUGAUACGGAAAACGAAAUUAGACAGGACGAAGUGGGAAAACUUGAAUUGGCAUCACCUAUCAAUGCAGCAGUCCCGGGACCGAUCACAGAAGCUGUUACUAAAUGGUUAAAUGAUCAGGGAGGCUUGAUGUUAUCCCCCUGUUUAGACGACUCGGGUACUGAUGAAGGCGAACUCAGCGAAUACGACGAUUUCGAAGAACACUUAAGUACAACUAGUCCAAAAAACGUGCAAGGCAACCCUUACCCUGCGCUGUCUCGUAGUGACGGGUCAAGGGUUGCUGGUUCUUCAUCUCACGAUCAACGACAAGGCGGACUAAUAUCCAGUGGCAUAUGUUGUUUAACUCAAUAAUUCUUUAGACAAGAUCAUUAUAUUUAAAACAAUAUAUACAUUGUUAUUGUUUACGAUAAAACCUGUACAAAAAAAAAGUAAUACGAUAAGGACACUACUUACAGGGCAUGGGAAAUUCGCGUACAAUGGCUGACCACUUGAAAAUUAGGCCCUCUGUACAGUUCCUCAGGCAUACAUUAAAAAUUAACAAAUUAAUCACUUCUUUGAAUAGUCUUUUUUAAUAUAUCUCAUUCUAAGUUAAGUUUUCAAUGCUAUAAGAAAAGAAAAAUUUGCAUUUAAAUUCUUUUUAAAUGAUUAUUUUUAGGUCGUUUCAUUAUUCAUAUAAUGCAAAUUUUUCUUUCAUUUUUAUAAACCAUGGAAAUUUGGUGUAAUUAUGAGACUGCUUUUUGGAUCUCCUCUUCAGGAGUAAUUUGUUAAUAAGUUCAUUAUAAAAUUUGUUAAUCGUUAUCAUUAAAAUAAAAUAUUUUUGUCGUUAACAAUCAAGUUUAAAAAUGGCAUAAAAAUUAAAUAUAUAUAGUAGUCAUAAAAGAAAUAUUGUUAUCUUUGAUUUGCAUGUUUAAAUGGAUAUGAAUGGGUUUAGUAUCUCUGAUCUAAAUAUAAAGUAAUGAAAUGUUUUACUGACAGUAAACAUUAUUAUAAUAUAACACUGUUAUUUUUAUAACGUUUAUUACCUAUAGGCUAUAAUAUAUUACCUGUCCACUGCAGAGAUCAAACAAAUUUUAUUUAAAAAUAAUACAAAUUUGGAUUUACUAUUUUUCCCUGCUUAAAUAAAUGAAUACAGCCUCGGUUUUUUGAAUUGACUGUUUGAUUUUAAAAUUGGAUUUGCUACACAAACCAUUACCCGUUAUUUAAUAUAAUUAUUACAUGUAUAAAUAUUCAGGAGGACGGGGUUGUAUGGACCCAUCAAAAGUCAUUAAUACGUAUUAUACAAAAAAAAAAUUACUUAAUUGUAUUGGGAUUUACUAGAUAUUAGCAAUCUCAGUAACGCUCAACUACUAUUUACUUUAUUUCAAAACUUCAUAAAUAUAUAUACACGAAAUAACUUGUUGAUUAUUUUAUUUAGAUUCCAAAAUGGUCAGAUUAACCAUAAAAAUUAGAUAUAUCUAAUAGGUACUAUAAUUUAAAAUACUUAGAAUACUUAGUGUGUAAUUUAUCGUAAGUAGUACAUAAGAUAACAAAUAGUAAUUAUAGUAGCCGAUAACUACGGUACUGUCUGAAUUUGGUGCUUAUACUUAAAAACUUGAUACUACAAUUUUAGUUUAACUUUAAUAAUAUUAGCUAAUAUGUAAAAGUUGAUUAAAAAUAAAAACAAUACAUUAUUAGUUUAAAUUGUUUGGGUAAUAAUUAAAUGUGCAUAGUAUGAGGCUGCCUGGAUAUUACUGUUGUGUUAUUAUAUAGAAAUUUAAUUUGUUAUGAAACAUUUGAUAAUUGGUUUAGGGUGUUCCACAUGUAUAGUGUUUUAUAAAACAUUAUUUUUUCAAAAAUAAUAUUAUCAUUGAUAUUUUUUAUGAUAUGCAAAUGUUUAAUUUUUAAAAGGUACAUAUUAAUAAUAUAAUGUUCCCAUAUCCAUAACUUUGUUUUUAAAUUAAUAGGUACAACAUAUACCUACUCUAAAAUGUUUUAAGUAAAAUAAAAAAAUGUUAUGUCUUGAUUUCUUAUACCCACACCCUUCCAGAUUUUUCAGACUCUACUUCACCGUAAAAAUAAUGCCAGUGAUAAAGAUUUUAGUUCACAGUUGUUAUAAAAGUUGUUCCAAAAUAAAAUUGGUUGUACUUUAUGCAUCUGUAAGCAAUAUUUCUUGGCAUAUCUAAUUGAUGUAAACCAGGAUAAUAUUAAUAAUAAAAAAAAUGUACAGCCCUUUUUAUUCUGUUAAAUAUUUAGAAAAUAUAGAUAAAAUAUGUUAUAUUUUUUUUUUAAGUAGCCUAUUAUUGUUAUUUGACAACGAUAUGUUCAUCAUAACGAUGAUGAAGUAAUUAUUAAAAAAAUUUAUUAGAUGUAAUAAUAUGUAAUACCGAGUUAUUAAUAUAAUUUGAAGUAAAAUAAUAAUAAUAUGUAUCUAGCAGUUUACUCACACAUAAAUAAAGCAGCCAGUAAUAUUGUGUGACAACAGAUAUAUGUAUGCAUACAUGUAAUUUCCAAAUGUCAUCGUUGUAAUAUGGUCCGAUAAUAACCGAUUUGAAAUUAUAUUAUCACAUACCUAUCUAUAUUGUAAUACUAUUAAUGCACUACCUAUCUAAAUUAUAUCAACACAUAAAAAAAUCAGUAUUAAGCCAAGGAUAUGUUAACGUUUACUAUUAUAUACAUUUUUUUACAUAUAUAUAUAUAUAUAUAGAUACCUAUAUAAAAUAU